GAGCGCUCCCUAUCAGAGACAGCUGAGAUUCCCCCUGGUGUCGCCAGCGAGCGUGAGAACACAUGCAGACGGCAGCAGCAAUGGAUGCCAUGCACGGCUUCGGGGUGAGCUCCACCCGGUACCUGCAGACCAACUACAAGGACGCCCAAGGCUGGUUCCUCUUUGUCUCCUUCGCCGCCGACCUCAGGAACACCUUCUUCGUCUUCUUCCCCAUCUGGUUUCACCUGCGGGAGUCCGUGGGCAUCAAGCUCAUCUGGGUGGCUGUGAUCGGGGACUGGCUCAACCUGGUCUUCAAGUGGGUCCUGUUUGGUGAACGCCCAUAUUGGUGGGUCCAUGAGACCCCCUACUACAGCAACUCGUCAGCACCCCACAUUGAGCAGUUCCCCAUGACCUGUGAGACUGGCCCAGGAAGCCCCUCGGGUCAUGCCAUGGGUGCUGCUGGGGUCUAUUACAUUAUGGUCACAUCGCUCCUUGCCACAUUUUUGAAGAAACAUGAGAAUUCCAUUAAAAACUGGUGUGUGCGGGGCACACUGUGGACGCUCUUCUGGGGAGUCCAGGUCUGCGUCUGUCUCUCCAGGGUCUUCAUCGCUGCCCACUUCCCACACCAGGUCGUCGCUGGGGUCAUCACAGGCAUGAUUGUGGCUGAGGCUUUCAACAGAGUGCAGUGGAUCUACAGUGCCAGUCUGAAGAAGUACUUCUACAUUACCCUCUUCCUGCUCACCUUCGCUCUGGGCUUCUACCUGCUGCUGAAGGCUCUGGGUGUAGACCUGCUCUGGACCCUGGAGAAAGCCAAGAGGUGGUGCGUUCGUGCUGAAUGGGUUCACCUGGACACCACGCCCUUCGCCAGCCUGCUGCGCAACAUGGGCACAUUAUUCGGACUGGGGUUGGGCCUGCAUUCACCCCUAUACACCGAGAGCAAAAAAAGCAGUAGCGCCCCCUUCAGGUUCGGCUGUAUCAUCACCUCGCUGCUGCUUCUGCACCUCUUUGACUCCUUCAAGCCCCCCACCCACACCGCAGCCCUGUUCUACCUGCUGUCCUUCUGCAAGAGCGCCACCGUACCCCUGGCCACCGUCAGCAUCAUCCCCUACUGCGUUUCGGGGGCUCUGAGCACUCACAGCAAGAAGCAGCUCUGAGCUGGAGACACACUUAAGACUGAGGUUCACUGGGAUAUCCAGGAAAAAUGUGCUACAGGAGCAAAAGCCUGCUCAUCUACACUCAAGAAAAAAAAAAGUGAAAUAGUGUGCCAGGUGUUGGCCACAACAUCUUUCGGCAAAAGUCUGAAACCUACCACAGCUGGACAGAGCUUGUUAGAUGGAUGUAUUACAUAAGUGCAAUGUGUAAUCUUACUAGUUAAAUGACUGAAGACUGUAUUCCCUGUGGUUUGUUAUGAGGUCAAACCGCAUAGAGUCUGUAAGAUCCAGCGACAAGAAUGUCAGACUAUACCCGCUAAUACAUGGACUCUUAUCUCCACUCAAGCACUUGGACAUUCCGCUAUGUCCCAUCUAACAAAAGGGACUGAGUUUUAAUAGGACAUUUUGGAGUAUUUUACCAUAUGUAAAUAUUUAAAGACAGAAUAUUCCAACCACAUGAAAAAGAGUUUGUUUAUUGCCCUCUGAAGUGGGUAGAUUAUAACAGACUGUAUCACUGGACAGUGGACUGGGUCUGACCUGAAGGAGUAGUCCAUUGCGACUGUGACGGUGCAGUUUUCAAUCCAACAGCUUCCUAAUGCUUUCCAUUACCUGAAUUAAGGACUAAUUUCUUAUCACCUGCUAUGCAGGACAUUAUUUUAGAAUUCAUCAUUCCAUUAAUGUGUAUCAGACUGUCCAUGCAUAAGAUGUAUGGUAUGUGAUAUAAAAUAAUGUACAUUCUGUAUAUUUUAUAUUAAAAUGGAAAAGAAACAUGAACUGCAUGGUCAUUUACAAUGGUCAACCCAUAGGUAGAUGAGAAACAUUAAACAAUAGGCCUACUCUGCAAGGAGAAGGAAACAUUUCAAAGUACAAAUUUGAAAUGAAGUUACAAUUUGCUUUAACUGACAUUAAUCAACAUAACUACAAAAGGUGCCAAGUCUCCUCACAAGAAAAUGAUUUUAUAGUAAAAGAAGAGUUACUAGUGACACUGAAUACCAUGCAUUCUGACUGGCGCACAAGAAACCUCUUUUCUGGAGUUUACUGUAUGCAUGUUGUACAGCUUCCUUGCUGCUGGAAACAGAAUACUG